GGAGCGAGCGCUGUGGGGUACUCCCAGCAGCUCCCCGCAGGCAGGGCACCCGGCACGCAGCACCUCCCAGUUCUCCCCAGGACCCCUCGCCUGGCCAGCACAGCCGCCCAGACCUGCCGAUGGGAGCAGGCUGGCCCGGGGACUAGCAGCACCGCUGCGCUGGGCAUGGCCGAGAGCACCUUUGCAGGAGUGGAAGGGAAGCGAAUGGCUGGCCAGGGGCCGGCGACGUGCACACCCAGGCCAGCCUCUGCCCCGGCUGGCGGGAAGAUGAGAGGCAGCCCAAGCUCACCAAGGCUCCCCCCGGGCUGGAGGAGAGCAAGCCAGCGAGAGGUGGGCAGCAGCCAGGGAGCCACCAACACGCCCAGCCGGUGGCACAGCGCAACGGGGACCCUCCCAGCUGCAGGCAGGGGCCAUGCCAGCUGUGCUCUGCCCAGAGGGAGUGCAGGGAAGCUGUGCCCCGAGAAUGCAGCCCGGGAGCGCAGCCGCGUGCGGACCCUGCGCCAGGCCUUCCUGGCACUCCAGGCUGCACUACCCUCAGUCCCACCAGACACCAAGCUCUCCAAGCUGGACGUGCUCGUCCUGGCCACCAGCUACAUCGCCCACCUGACCCACACCUUGCACCAGGGCCAGCAGCCCCCCGAGGCAGCCCCACUGGCGAGGGCGCCCAGCUUCCUGCACCCCAUGAAGAAAUGGCCCAUGCGGUCCCGUCUCUACGCUGGAGCCUGGGGAGCGGAUGUUGCUGACCUGCCUGCAGCUGCCCCCGCAGCCCCCAGCAGCAGGAUGAGGAGGGGCUGCGAGGGGGGCAGCCCGGAGGCCAGCAGGGCAGCCCUGUGACACCUCCCAGCCUGCAACCCAGGGCUCCGGCUUCCUGCAUGGAACCGAGCCCGGGGCUGGCCGAGCCGGCUGCCUGCGCCCCAAGGGACCCCAGCACUCUGCAGGGUUGGCCCGGACUCGCCUCAUCUCUGAUCUCCCAGACCCCUGGCAGCAGCAGCCAAGUGCACCGGACCUGGCUGCCCCGGCUGGCACCGCCUCCUCUCACUGGCUCCAGCCCUCCUCGGGGUCUCUGCUGGCCCCGUUGCCACAGCUCUCAGCCUACCCAACCAUGGCCAUCAAUGGAACGCAGGCAAUGGACUGAUCCCCUCCCUGCGGGGAGACAGCUGGGCUCCCAGGCCGAGAGGAAGAGGAGGGAAGAGAUGGGGGAGGAGGAAGGCCUCAGGCCAGAAAGCAGGUGGGAGCCACAUCACAGCGUGCCCUGCCCAGCCCUUGCCAUGGUCCUCAACCCACAUUCCAGCCCACGCUGUGUGAUCCGGGUUUGACGGGCAGCACGGUCUCGUCCUGGGCAUCUGGACUCCUGGGUUCUGUUCUCACGGAUGCAGCUGGUAGCCUUGGCCGGAUCGCCGGAGCAUGUAGGGAUGGGAUCCGAGCCAGGAGCCACCUCGCCCGUAGUCCC